AGGCCGCCCCCAGGUGGUGAAUGUAGGAAACGCCAUCUCGGUGUACAUAUCACAGACAAACUGAAAUGGUCUACGCACACAGACAGGUUGGAGAAGAAGGAGCAGCGCCUUGUCACCGAAAACCCUCACUAACUUUUACAGGUGCACAAUCGAGAGCAUCCUGUCAUGCUGUAUCACUGCCUGGUUCGGUAACUGUACCGCCCACAACCGCAGGGCUCUCCAGAGGGUGGUGCGGUCUGCACAACGCAUCCCCGGGAGCAAACUACCUGCCCUCCAGGACACCUACAACACCCGAUUCCACAGGAAGCAAAAAGAUCAUCAAGGACAAUAACCACCAACCGAGCCACUGCCUGUUCAUCCCGCUUCCAUCCAGAAGGCGAGGCAGACCUCCCCCUCCGCCCUGUGUCAUCGGUGGCCAGUCGGCUUAUACCGUCCACCGGAUACUGGAUUCCCGCCAGGUGCAGCGGUCCUGGCAGUAUCUGGUGGACUGGGAAGGCUACGGUCCCGAGGAGCGCUCCUGGGUUCCUGCCAAGGACAUACUGGACCCUGACCUCCUUCGUCAGUUCAGGACCCUCCACCCUGAGAAGGCUGACGGUGUAUUUGGAAUCUCUUUCGCCUGGAGAACAACCACCUCAAACAGAGCAACCAGUUCCACACUGUCUGGAAUUUUCGGAACCUCCUCUUCACAUUUAGGGACACGUCCUCCUCCUGGAGAACCUCAUGGACCAGGAGGACCUCACAAAAGACCAUUACAAAACAACAAUGACACAUGAACAUUCACCCUCCAAUGUCCAAGUUAUCCAAGGUACUGUAUGUGUAGUAGUAUGUUUUGGGUAGUAUAAGUAUUGACAUGUAUUUCUACAAACAAUACUCAAUUAAUACCUUAUAGCAAAAGUGUAAUUAAAAUACCAUGUGUGCCUUCACUCAUAAACAGCCAGCCAUUAGGUUUUGAAAAUAUUCCAAUAGCCAGACCAAUCUUUGUGUACUUACAAACCCGUCUGGAUGUAUUGAUUGUGGAAGAGUGGGUUUAAAGACUAACAUUAAUUGUCAACCAAGUAACAGUAAUUGUGAACAAAGUCAACCAAUAUAACAAACCUAACAUACAAUAUAUGCACCAAUUUCUCCCAGCUAAACCAUCCUCUAUUGGUAGCUCUGCAGCCUUUCACAUGACAUCAAAACAUAGAGGAUUUUGACCAAUGUUUCUGUUUAUUGCAUCUGUUUGCUGCGCUCAACCUUGUCUUGGAACAUGAGUGUGAGAAACUAUGUUAUUGAUGUAGGGAUGGAGAGCCUUAAGCAUCUAGUUUAAAGUUUUAUUAGUUGUAUGUACAGGAUAAACAUGAUAUACACCGUCUAACGAAAUGCUUCCUUGCAGGUUCCUUCUCGACAAUGCAACAGCAAUAAGAAAUUAUAAAAGAUAAGAAUAUCGAACAUAAAGUAAAUGGCUCAGUAGAAUAGAAGAAAUAUUUUAGCUUAAAUAUAGUACAGGAAGGCACAAUUUAUAGUCCAAUAUUUACACAUGUUUGGGGAAGGGGGGUUUGGUGGGCAAGUGUUUAAAUUGUGCAGUAUUUAGCAAUAAUAAGAGCCUAGUAGCAGCAGUUGGAUGUGUGUGUGCGUAGCAUGAAUAUGUGUGUGUUUGUGUUUGUGUGUGCGCGGCGUAUACAGUAUCUGUGUGGCUGUGUAUGUGAGCGAGUGCAUGUUUGCUAAGGUGCAGAGAGUCAGUGCAGGUGGUCAGUCCAGUUCAAGUGUUCAGCAGUCUGAUGCCUUGUAGAUAGAAACUGUCUCUGAGUCUGUUGGUAUAAGACCUCAUGCUCCGAUACCAUCUGCCAGACGAUAAGGGAGUGAACAGCUCUUCACUGUGGUGUGUGGUGUCCUUGAUGAUGCUGCGGUGCUUCUUCAGGCACCGUUUCAAGUAGAUGUCCUGGAUGGGCAGGAGCACGGUCCCAGUGAUGUACUGGGCCGUCUUCACCACGCUGGAGGGUCUUACUGUAGUGGAUGGAGGAAUUCCCUUACCAGGCAGUGAUGCAACCAUUCAGGACACUCGAUGGUGCAGCGGAAGUAUUUGGAGAGGAGCUGGGUUGGCAUGCGGAAUAUCGUCAGCCGUCUUAGGAGUUAGAGACGCUGUUGCGCCCUGUUGACAAGAGUAAUGGUGCUGUUGGUCCAUGUCAAGUCCUCAGUGAUGUGGACACCAGGAACUUAAAACUGCUGACUCUUUUGACUGCAAUCCCAUAUAUGUGGAUCAGGGCAUGUGUCCGUCCUCUGCUUCCUUUUUUUUAACACGUUUUUUAUUUUGUUUGUAAUUUUUUCAGAGGGGGGUUACAGGUACCGGUAUAACAUUCAAAGUCAAAUCAAUUCAGAUAUAUUCAGUUAUCAUAUUUGCCUUUCGUAUUUUUUUUUACCUGUGGGAUGCCACUCGAAAGAAGAAGAAAAAACUAUCAGAGAAACGCAUACAUACAUAAAGAACAGUAUCAACAGUUUUGUAAGAUAAAGAACAGUACGUGUAUCAACAGUUUUGUAACCUUUUACGCGAGGAAAAUUAACAAAAAAGGUUCCCCCUCACCAACCCAUUCCCCCACCCCCUCAGUCCAUAUCCACACGCCUGCAUCCUCCCUCCCCACCCAGAAACCAUUUUUCCCACCCCUUCCCACCCUACCAAGCACACCUCCUCCCGCAUCUUCACUGAGCAUUCUGUUGAAGGUUUUGACAAUGGUUUUGUCUAAAGAAGGAAAUAUAUCUAAUCCUAAAUAUUUAAAAUGGGAAACGAUUGGGAUUCUAUAAGUAGAGCUGGGGUACUCUUGUCAGAUUCUUGAGGGGGAGUAGGGCAGAUUUGGUUAGAUUUAUUUUAUAACUUGAGCUGGAGUGGAAUUUGUCUAUGAUCUUCAAAGCAUUUGGGAGGGAUUGAACUACAUCUUCAGCGUAUAAUGAGAUGAUUUGAUCCGUAGAAUUGAGGCAUAUUGGUGUAACUUCUUUUGAAUGUCGAAUUGCCUGGGCCAGGGGCUCAAUGGGGGGGUUCUACUAAGCUACUGUAUAUGGAAUUGUUUUAAGAAGGUCAUACCAAGGUUCGUUUUGUUAUUUCAUAUUCAUUUUAAUUAUUAUAAUUUUAAGACCCCUUGAUGUAUAAAAAUAUAUAUAUAAAAAAUAAAUUGAUGACCAAUGUAAAAAAAAAGAAAUGCUUUACCCCUUUUCUCCCAAAUUUCAUGAAAGCCCAUUGAUAGUUAGUCGUGUCUCAUCGCUGCAACUCCCCUACAAACUCGGGAGAGGCGAAGGUCGAGAGUCAUGUGUCCUCCAAAACACGACCCAGUUUGAUUAACAAUUUUAUUUGGCCUUACUAUUAUUAGCCCAUACAAAUGCAUUGAAUAACAGAUUCACCCCCCCCCCCAAAAAAAAAUCUGAACGAAGUUUGUUCUGAAGUGUCUGUCCUAUAUCUGAGAGAUAUAAGAAAGGUCAGGAAACAUUUAAAAAAAAAUUGUACGUAUUUAACACCUUAUUUUUGUCACAAAACAGUCUCCAUGUACAGCGCAUUCGGGAAGUAUUCAGACCCCUUGACAUUUACUGCAUUUUGUUACGUUUUAGCCUUAUUCUAAAAUAGAUUACAUUUAAAAAAUCAUCAUCAAUCUACACACAAUACACAAUAAUAACAAAGCGAAAAAACAGUUUUUUUUUUAGAAAUGCUUGCUAAUUUAUUACAAAUAAAAACAAAAAGACCUUGUUUACAUAAGUAUUCAGACCCUUUGCUAUGAGACUCGAAACUGAGCUCAGGUGCAUCUUGUUUCCAUUGAUCAUCCUUGAGAUGUUUCAACAACUUGAUUGGAGUCCACCUGUGGUGAAAUUAAUUGAUUGGGCAUGAUUUGGAAAGACACACACUUGUCUAUAUAAGGUCCCACAGUGCAUGUCAAAGCAAAAACCAAGCCAUGAGGUUGAAGGAAUUGUUCGUAGAGCGCCGAAAAAGGAUUGUGUCGAGGCACAGAUCUGGGGAAGAGUACGAAAAAAUGCCUGCAGCAUUGAAGGUCCCCAAAAACACAGUGGCCUCCAUCAAUCUCCAUCAAUCAAUUAAAUGGAAGAAGUUUGGAACCACCAAGAAUCUUCCUAGAGCUGGCUGCCCGGCCAAACUGAGCAAUCGAUGGAGAAGGGCCUUGGUCAGGGAAUGUCCAAGAACCCGAUGGUCACUUUGACAGAGAUCCAGAAUUCCUCCUUGGAGAUGAGAGAAACUUCCAGAAGGACAACGAUCUCUGCAGCACUCCAGCAAUCAGGCCUUUAUGGUAGGGUGGCCAGACGGAAGCCACUCCUCUGUAAAAGGCACAUAACAUCCCGCUUGGAGUUUACCAAAAGGCCCUUAAAGGACUCUCAGACCAUGAGAAACAAGAUUCUCUGGUCUGAUGAAACCAAGAUUGAACUCUUUAGCCUGAAUGCCAAGCGUCACGUCUGGAGGAAACCUGGCACCAUCCCUACGGUGAAGCAUGGUGGUGGCAGCAUCAUGCUGUGGGGAUGUUUUUCAGUGGCAGGGAAAGGGAGACUAGUCAGGAUGGAAGGAAAGAUAAACAGAGCAAAGUACAAAGAAAUCCUUGAUGAAAGCAUGCUCCAGAGCUCUCGGGACCUCAAAAUAGGGUGAAGGUUCACCCUCCAACAGGACAAUGACCCUAAUCACACAGCCAAGACAAUGCAGCAGUGGCAUUGGGACAAGUUUCUGAAUGUCCUCGAGUGUCCCAGCCAGAGCCCAGACUUGAACCUGAUCGAACAUCUCUGGAGAGACCUGAAAAUAGCUGUGCAGCGACGGUACCCAUCCAACCUGACAGAGCUUGAGAGGAUUUGCAGAGAAGAAUGGGAGAAACUCCCCAAGUACAGGUGUGCCAAGCUUGUAGCAUCAUACCAAAGAAGACUCGAGGCUGUAAUCGCUGCCAAGAGUGCUUCAACAAAGUACUGAGUAAAGGGUCUGAAUAUUUAUGUAAAUUUAAUAUUUCAGUUUUUUUUAUCCAUUUGCAAAAAUGUCUGAACCUGCUUUUGCUUUGUCAUUAUGGGGUAUUGUGUGCAGAUUGAUGAGGGAAACAUUUUUUUAAUUAAUUUCAGAACAAGGCUGUAACGUAACAAAAUGUGGAAAAGUCAAGGGGUCUGAAUACUUUCCGAAUGCACUGUAUGUUGGAGAGUAUGUUGGUCUCAUUAGAUUUGUCCUGCAUGUCCAAAAAGACAUUCAUGUCUGUGCGAAUAACCAGUUGGAAUUCAGUCAAUUCUAACAAUAUGCUGGUCAAAGAAUUUAAAAAAAAAGUGGUAUCAUAUGAAUUUGGAGCAUACACAUUGAUAAAGGCAAUUUUCUUUCCAUUACGGAUACAUUUAAGGAAAGUGAUUCUGCCUUCUUGGUCUUCGCCUUCACCAGGGAUACUGUGAUUUUGAGAUUCUUAUGCAUCAUUAUGAUAACACCCUUAGUUUUGUUUGGGGCUUUUUAAAAAGCAGCCAGUUUGUACAAAAUGGUUCUCUAUUCUAUGUGUGUCCUUUUGGAGCAAGUGUGUAUCUUGGAGCAUUGCUAUAUCAAUAUGGUUUCUUGCUUGAAUAUCAAGACAGCUGGAAUGUUUGAUAGGAUUAUUAAAGCCUUUCAGAUUCCAUAAGACAA